UACCAUAUACAAGAGCAGUAUGAUAAUAGUAACCUAACUCAGUUGUUUGCGUGUUGUUGUUAUUUAUAUACAUUACCACUUAUUAUCAAAACGUGUAUGGUCAGUGGUACAUAUUGAAGAAAUCAACUUAUUACUUAUUCAGUUUCAAAAAGUGAAAUAUAGGAUAAAUAUAAAUGCUUAUUAAAAAAAGUUACUUUGAAAAAUUUUUGCUUAGAUAGUUCACGUUAAAUAUUAAUUAAGACUAGUUUGUUAUAUUUUGUACACCGUGCCCAACUAAUAUAAAUAUAGAAACAAUGACUAUUUUAAUGAUUAAUUAAGUGGUGUUUUCCCAAUAUAUUAAGAAAUUAUUAAAUCAGUUUAGAUUUACAAAUACACUAUUUGUUUAUUUUAAUUUGUAAUAUUUAAAUUUUACACUUAUUAAUUUUUCAAUGUGUAAACAAUUUAUAUUUCAUUUAAUAAUGGGAUUUGUUUGUACUCUAUGCGUUGUAAUUGUUCUUAUAGUUUAUUUGAAUGCGGAAAAGGUGGAUCGACCUAACAUAGUUUUCAUUAUUGCCGAUGAUUUAGGUUGGAACGACGUUAGUUUCCAUGGGUUGGACCAAAUUCCCACUCCUAACAUAGACUUGUUAGCAUAUUCGGGGGUUGCAUUGGAUCGCUAUUACACACACUGCAUAUGUACACCUUCGCGGUCCGCGUUACUUACUGGGAAAUAUGCACAUACGAUAGGAAUGCAAGGCUAUCCUUUAGUAAAUAGUGAAGACAGGGGUAUACCAAAAACGGAGAAAAUAAUGCCCCAAUAUUUCAAAGAUCUAGGCUAUGCGACACAUUUAGUUGGCAAAUGGCAUGUUGGUAUAUCCCGAACGGAAUUCUUACCAACUCUUCGUGGCUUUGACAGCCAUUUUGGACAUAGAGGUGGUUAUAUAGACUAUUAUGAAUAUACAUUAGAAGAAGAUUUAGAUUCAAGUAAGGUAUCUGGUAUGUGUUUAUACAGAAACUUAACUCCAGCAUGGGACGUAGAGGGAUAUAUCACAGACGUUUAUACAGAGACCGCUAAAGCAAUAAUAGAGUCACAUGAUGAAACAAAGCCUCUUUACUUGAUGGUGGCUCAUAACGCUCCGCACUCCGGUAACGAUGGCGCCCUGAUGCAAGCGCCACCAGAGGAUGUUAGGUCCAUGCGCCACGUCGAGUUACCUGGACGAAGAAUUUAUGCAGCGAUGGUGAAGAAACUCGAUGAAAGCGUGGGCGAUAUAUUAGAAGCGCUCUUACUGAAAGGAAUACUUGAGAAAACCAUAAUUAUAUUUGUAACAGACAACGGAGGUAUGACAUCAUCAUCGAGUUAUGGAUCUAAUUUCCCUUUGAGAGGUAUGAAAAUGUCUCCGUUUGAAGGCGGAGUGAGGGGAGUAGGACUGUUAUGGGCGCCGGGCUUACUUCCAGAUUAUCUGUGGAAAGGUUAUAUACAUGUAGCUGAUUGGUUACCAACUUUAUUAAGUGCCGUUGGAGCAAAACUACCUGAAGGCAUAGACGGCUUGGAUCUUUGGAAUCAUAUUAAAUUAAAUAAAACAUCACCCAGAAACAAUAUUUUUGAAAUCGAUGAUUACACAGGAUAUGCUUCUAUUAUAUCUGGAGAUUUCAAGUUGGUUACUGGUAAUGUUACGAUAAAAUAUAGCCAUCACAAGGGUAGAGAUUUAGUAGGUGUAAUUGGAACAGAGCAUUCAUACGAAGAUAAUAUUAGAAAAAGUAAAAUGUAUUCCGUUCUCGAGAAAAUUGGUAGGCCAUUUAAUAUUACCAAUAUUUCUUUGAAAACCAACAGCAAAAUAAAUUGCAAAGGAAAAGAUAAUGAAGAUAAUGAUCUGUGUUAUCCUCAUAAUGAUAAAUUAUGUUUGUUUAACAUUAAAGAAGAUCCAUGUGAAAAAAUAGAUCUUGCAGAAGUUUAUCCUGACUUAGUUAUUAAACUGGAGAAGGAUUUGAAAAUGGAAAUGACUAGAUUGAUACCUCGAUAUCCGAUACCCGUAUUUAGAGAUACACGUUCAGCACCGAGAUUGUUUAAUUAUACUUGGGCUCCAUUUGCUGAUAGUCUUUGAAUGUAAUAAUUUGACAUAGAAUCAAUUGAUCGUAAGAAACAAGUCUGUCCUUUUACUUGUUACAUUUUACGACUAAACUAAUAAGUUUACCUGUAUAAUGUAAUGAAAUUUUGUUCAAAUUAAAUUGAUCGCCGCAGAGAGAUGGUUUUUUUUGAGAAGUACUUGGAUGAACAGUGACGUCAAAAAAACUAUGCGAAUGGAUUAUUGAUUAGUAUUUUUAAAAUAUUGUCUUAAAUAUCUUCUGAUAAUAGUAAAACUAUUAAUAAACUGAAUAGUGGAACCUAAGAGUAGAACUAAUAGUAGAUAGUACUAUUAAUAAACUAUAUUUGUAACCACUCUUCUAAAAAAAAUAAUUACACCUAUAUUUUCACGUAGGUACUGUGUUGUAUUUUUCUUUGAUAGUGCUUUAUUAAAAAGCGAAAAAUGUAUAAAAAUACGAGACAAAUAUCAAUAUCUAUAUAAUGUAAUGUAUAACUUUUUAUAAUGACUGUUUGUACCAAAAUAAAAAUAAAAAAAGAAAUAAAAAUAUCUUUUAUAAAUAAAUAUUAAUUAUAUAUUUGUAGAAUAUUAAAUUAUAAAUAGAGAUCACAGGAAUUGUAGGCUAUAUAUAAUUUUCAUUUAUAUCUACUAUAAUUUUAAGAUACUUAUUUUAAAAAUCUUAUAACACCUGCAUUUGCGGGUUCUAUACAAUUAAUUAUGUAUCUAUUUACUUCAAUGUGCUUGUAUAUUUCUUUACAAAAUAUCACAAAAUUCAGGCAACUGUAUCUAAAAUUAAAAGCUUUACUUAGUUUAUAUAGUAAUAUUUUAACUUUAGCUAAUAAUUUACUCAUCUGCAGCUAAACUGUAAAACAUGUUAAAGUAGAUACUUAGCAGGUAGAUGCUUACUUACCUACUCAGAUCGAUUUAUCUAUGCAUCAGUAUUUUAGAUAUCUGUAUUCAUAGAUUAAGUAUAAUACCUGUUCUGUAUCUGUCUUUAUGUACAAAUAUAAGAGCAUCAACUAUGUACUGAUAAAGUGACAGUGAUAUAUCAUCUUCAACGUCAUUUAAAAUCUUAUUUCGUUCGUUUCUUCAGUUGUUUGGUAUACUUAUUGAUACCUCUGUUUAGAUUUUUAUAACAAUUAAGAUGUAAUAUAUUUUAUAUAUCCUAUAAAUAGGAACUUCGGUAAUAACAAUCGAUACCCAUAACUGGCCAUUUACUAUUCGAGUCAAAGUAAAUCAUGCAAGUAGGCUUCUAUGGCUAUAAUUCUUUCUAGUUUAUUAUCAUUUAAAGAGUCCUAGAGAUUACCUUACGUACAUAAAAACAAACAAAUUUUCCCUCUAUAGAGGUCAUAUACGUGUUAUCUAAGGUUUAUAGUUAGAUUUCAAACUGUGUAAAUUAUUUUAAGUAUUAGUUAGAAGGUUCAUUAACCUUCUUACGUACCUAGUAAAUAAAUUACGAUACUGUGUAAUCAAAGAUCAUUUUGGUAUUAAUUUACAUUUUGCUCUAUGUUAUUACGAUUGAACAUACUCGUAUUUAGUUACAGUUUGGAGGAGGUUGAAAGACUGAAAAUUCAAUAACUCCUAGACAUUCCAAUUUGAAAUGAGGUACUAUUGAUCCAGACUUACAUAUUAGGUUUUAACGUGCUAAAUACGUCUACUAUUAUACUACAUAAUAAUACAUAUUUUACUAUCAGAUUUUAUUAAUUUUAUUCGAAUUUGGUACAGACUAUGCACUUAAGGUUUUUUUUUUUAAUUUAUGUGUGCAUACCUCAUUUUAAUAUGACUUAUGACAGUUAUUACGACUUAAAAAUUUUAAUUCUUUUAGAAAAUGUGUGAGUUUAUAAACGUAUAAAUUUACAUUAACGUAACAUUGAAAUGUUUAUUUAUUUAUUAUUAUAAUGCAUUCAUGUACAUACAUAAGAUAGGGUUGCUACAUUUUUUCUAACUGGUUUGGAUGUAGUAAAAUUAUAUUGAUAGGUAGCUAAUAUACAUGAAUUUAGAUGUCAGAUUAUAUUUAAUUAUUUUACAUAUAAUUGCUUGUUUUUAAAUCGAUUUGUCUUGCAUAUUAAUCAUAUAAAAAUGAAUUGAAGUCAGUCUGGGUAUUUAGGUAAAUAUUUACGUCAAUCUGAUUAAUUAUUUGCAAUAUUUAUACUACGAGUAUAUAUAUUUUUAUUAUUUACUAUGAAGUAGUAUUAUUGUAUUACCUACUAUUACGAAAAAUGUCAACAAUUAUACGUGUCUC